CGGGCGGGCCGGCUGGCUGGGAAGAUGGCGGCUGGAGCCCUGGCCAGCGGCGCUGCAGAGAAGCGGGCCGGGGGCGUCCCAAGUGUACAGCUUAGGGCCAGCGCCGGGCCAUGAGCGCGCCGCCAUCGAAUCCUCGAGCCGUGGAGCCCGCCUGCGCCCCUUGCCAUGGCGCGGCUCGCGGACUACUUCGUGCUGGUGGCGUUCGGGCCGCACCCGCGCGGGAGUGGGGAAGGCCAGGGCCAGAUCCUACAGCGCUUCCCGGAGAAGGACUGGGAGGACAACCCUUUCCCCCAGGGCAUUGAGCUGUUUUGCCAGCCCAGUGGGUGGCAGCUAUGUCCCGAGAGGAAUCCACCAACUUUUUUUGUGGCUGUCCUUACUGACAUCAACUCUGAGAGGCACUACUGCGCCUGCUUGACCUUCUGGGAGCCAGUGGAGUCCACACAGGAAGUGGUGUGCACUGAAGAUGCCACAGAGAAGGAGGAAGAGGCAGAUGAAGGAGGCCAGGCACGGCUGUCGUCCACAGCACCAGUCCAGCCUGGCCAGCUUUUUGCUCCAAAGACUCUGGUGCUGGUGUCUCGACUGGACCAUACAGAAGUGUUCAGGAAUAGCCUUGGUCUCAUCUAUGCUAUCCAUGUGGAGGGCCUGAAUGUGUGCCUCGAGAACGUGAUUGGGAACUUGCUCACAUGUACCGUCCCUUUAGCUGGGGGAUCUCAGCUGGACUCUGUUGAGGAAGGAGCGAGAACCAUCUCUUUGGGGGCUGGUGACCGGCAGGUCAUUCAGACUCCACUGGUGGACUCCCUGCCUGUCAGCCGCUGUAGUGUGGCCCUACUCUUCCGCCAGCUGGGCAUCACCAAUGUGCUGUCUUUGUUCUGUGCUGCCCUUACUGAGCACAAAGUCCUCUUCUUAUCCAGGAGCUACCAACGUCUUGCAGAUGCUUGCAGGGGCCUCUUGGCACUGCUAUUCCCUCUCAGAUACAGCUUCACUUAUGUGCCCAUCCUGCCGGCGCAGCUGCUGGAAGUCCUUAGCACACCCACGCCUUUCAUUAUCGGGGUCAAUGCAGCCUUCCAGGCAGAGACUCAGGAGCUGCUGGACGUGAUUAUUGCUGAUCUUGAUGGAGGGACGGUGACUGUCCCUGAGUGUGUGCACAUUCCACCCCUGCCAGAGCCACUACAAAGCCAGACCCACAAUGUUCUGAGCAUGGUCCUGGAUCCAGAGCUGGAGUUGGCUGACCUUGCCUUCCCACCCCCUACAACAUCUGCUUCCUCUCUGAAGAUGCAGGACAAGGAGCUUCGUGCUGUCUUUUUGCGACUUUUUGCUCAGCUCCUGCAAGGUUACCGCUGGUGCCUGCAUAUUGUGCGCAUCCACCCAGAACCCGUCAUUCGCUUCCAUAAGGCAGCGUUCUUAGGCCAGCGUGGGCUGGUGGAGGACGAUUUCCUGAUGAAGGUGUUGGAGGGCAUGGCCUUUGCAGGCUUCGUAUCAGAGCGAGGGGUCCCUUACCGUUCCACGGACCUGUUUGAUGAGCUGGUGGCUCAUGAGGUAGCACGGAUGCGUGCAGAUGAGAACCAUCCCCACCGUGUCCUGCGUCAUGUCCAGGAACUAGCGGAGCAACUUUAUAAGAAUGAAAACCCAUACCCAGCUGUGGCAAUGCACAAAGUGCAGAGGCCAGGUGAGGCCAGUCACCUGCGACGGACCCACCGGCCAUUCCCCCGGCUCGAUGAGGGCACAGUUCAGUGGAUUGUGGACCAGGCUGCAGCCAAGAUGCAGGGUGCACCCCCAGCUGUCAAAGCUGAGAGGAGGACCACAGUGCCUUCAGGACCUCCCAUGACGGCCAUACUAGAGCGAUGCAGUGGGCCUCAUAUCAACAGUGCGCGUCGCCUGGAGGUAGUGCGGAAUUGCAUCUCCUAUGUGUUUGAAGGGAAAAUGCUUGAAGCAAAGAAGUUGCUUCCAGCUGUACUCAGGGCCCUGAAGGGGCGAGCUGCCCGUCGCUGCCUCGCCCAUGAGCUUCACCUGCAUGUACAGCAGAACCGUGCAGUUCUAGACCAUCAGCAGUUUGACUUUGUCGUCCGCAUGAUGAAUUGCUGCCUGCAGGACUGUACUUCCCUGGAUGAGCAUGGCAUUGCAGCUGCACUGCUGCCACUGGUCACAGCCUUUUGCCGGAAGCUGAGCCCAGGAGUGACACAGUUUGCAUACAGCUGUGUGCAGGAGCAUGUAGUGUGGAGCACACCACAGUUCUGGGAGGCCAUGUUCUAUGGGGAUGUGCAGACCCAUAUCCGGGCCCUAUACCUGGAGCCUUCUGAUGAUCGUGUGAGCCCCUCCCAGGAGGUUGGGGAAACACAGUCUCAGGAUGAUGAGCGAUCUGCCCUGGAUGUGGCUUCAGAGCAGCGGCGCCUGUGGCCAACCCUAAGCCGUGAGAAGCAGCAGGAGCUGGUACAGAAGGAGGAAAGCACUGUGUUCAGCCAGGCCAUCCACUAUGCCAACCGCAUGAGCUACCUUCUGCUGCCUCUGGACAGCAGCAAGAGCCGACUGCUGCGGGAGCGGGCAGGGUUGGGAGACCUGGAGAGUGCCAGCAACAGCCUGGUCACCAACAGCAUGGCGGGCAGUGUCGCUGAGAGCUAUGACACAGAGAGUGGCUUUGAAGAUGCAGAGACAUGUGAUGUAGCUGGGGCUGUGGUCCGCUUCAUCAACCGCUUUGUGGACAAGGUCUGCACAGAGAGUGGGGUCACCAGCGACCACCUCAAGGGAUUGCAUGUCAUGGUACCAGACAUUGUCCAGAUGCACAUUGAGACCCUGGAGGCUGUACACAGAGAGAGCAAGAGGUUACCGCCCAUACAGAAGCCCAAGCUGCUGAGGCCACGCCUGUUGCCUGGUGAGGAGUGUGUCUUAGACGGCCUUCGAGUGUACCUGCUGCCAGACGGGCGUGAGGAGGGUGUAGGAGGCAGUGGAGGGGGCCCUGCACUACUCCCAGCCGAGGGUGCUGUCUUCCUUACCACAUACCGCGUCAUCUUCACAGGGAUGCCUACUGACCCACUGGUGGGGGAUCAAGUGGUAGUCCGCUCCUUCCCCGUGGCUGCAUUGACCAAGGAGAAGCGCAUUAGUGUCCAGACCCCUGUGGACCAGCUUCUGCAGGACGGUCUGCAGCUCCGUUCCUGCACAUUCCAGCUGCUGAAAAUGGCCUUUGAUGAGGAGGUGGGAUCUGACAGUGCCGAGCUCUUCCGCAAGCAGCUACACAAGCUUCGGUACCCACCAGAUAUCAGGGGUACCUUUGCAUUCACACUUGGCUCAGCCCACACACCUGGCCGGCCGCCACGGGUUACUAAGGACAAGACUCCUUCACUCAGAACCCUGUCUCGGAACCUGGUGAAGAAUGCUAAGAAGACCAUUGCGCGGCAGCAUGUUACUAGGAAGAAGUAUAACCCCCCUGGCUGGGAGAAUCGGGGCCAGCCACCCCCUGAGGACCAGGAGGACGAGAUCUCAGUGUCAGAGGAGCUGGAGCCCAGCACACUGACCCCGUCCUCAGCCCUGAAGCCCUCUGACCGCAUGACCAUGAGCAGCCUGGUGGAGCGGGCAUGUUGCCGUGACUACCAGCGCCUUGGACUAGGUACCCUGAGCAGCAGCCUGAGCCGGGCCAAGUCUGAGCCCUUUCGCAUCUCUCCUGUUAAUCGCAUGUAUGCCAUAUGUCGCAGCUAUCCAGGAUUGCUGAUUGUUCCCCAGAGCAUCCAGGACAAUGCCCUGCAGCGUGUGUCCCGCUGCUACCGCCAAAACCGCUUCCCUGUGGUCUGCUGGCGCAGUGGGCGCUCCAAGGCUGUAUUGCUACGCUCUGGGGGCCUGCAUGGCAAGGGUGUUGUUGGUCUCUUCAAGGCCCAGAAUACACCUUCUCCAGGCCAGGCCCAGACAGAUUCCAGCAGCUUGGAGCAAGAGAAGUACCUGCAGGCUGUGGUCAGCUCCAUGCCUCGUUAUACUGACUCAUCAGGACGAAACACACUUAGUAGCUUCUCCUCCACCCACAUGGGUGGUCACGUGCCCAGCCCCCGAGCCAGGGUCACCACGCUGUCCAACCCUAUGGCGGCCUCGGCCUCCAGAUGGACUGCGUCCCGAGGUAAAUGGAGCAGUGUCCGAGCCAGUGGUCGCAGCAGUGGGCUUGGUGCUGAUGUGGGCUCUAGGCUAGCUGGCAGAGAUCUCCUCAGCACCCCCCACACCAAUGGCGCUCCACCUGAUUCUGGCUUCCUGCGACCACAGCGGGCAGCCCUCUACAUCAUUGGUGACAAAGCUCAGCUCAAGGGUGUGCGCCCAGAUCCCUUGCAACAGUGGGAGCUGGUUCCUAUUGAGGUGUUUGAGGCAAGGCAGGUAAAAGCCAGCUUCAAGAAAUUGCUGAAGGCCUGUGUACCUGGUUGCCCUGCCGUUGAGUCCAGCUCAACCUCCUUUCUGCGUUCACUGGAGGACUCGGAAUGGCUGAUUCAGAUACACAAGCUGCUGCAGAUAUCGGUGCUGGUAGUGGAAUUGCUAGACUCAGGCUCCUCUGUCCUGGUGAGCCUGGAGGAUGGCUGGGACAUCACCACUCAGGUGGUGUCCUUGGUGCAGUUGCUCUCAGACCCCUUCUAUCGCACCCUGGAAGGCUUCCGCCUGCUGGUGGAAAAGGAGUGGCUCUCCUUUGGUCAUCGUUUCAGCCAUCGUGGGGCCCACACCCUAGCUGGGCAGAGCAGUGGCUUCACACCCGUCUUCCUGCAGUUCCUAGACUGUGUACACCAGGUCCAUUUGCAGUUCCCCAUGGAGUUUGAGUUCAGUCAGUUCUACCUCAAGUUCCUCGGUUACCACCAUGCAUCCCGCCGUUUUCGGACCUUCUUGUUGGACUCUGACUAUGAGCGUAUUGAGCUGGGGCUGCUGUAUGAGGAGAAAGGUGAACGCAGGGGCCAGCUGGCAUGCAGGUCUGUGUGGGAGUAUGUGGACCGGUUGAGCAAGAGGACUCCCAUGUUCUACAACUACACAUAUGCACCCGAGGACACAGAGGUGCUGCGACCCUACAGCAACGUGUCCAAUCUGAAAGUGUGGGAUUUCUACACUGAGGAGACGCUGGCUGAGGGCCCCCCGUAUGACUGGGAGCUGGCCCAGGGGCCCCCUGAGCCUCCAGAAGAGGAACGGCCUGAUGGAGGUGCUCCUCAGAGCAGGCGCCGUGUGGUAUGGCCGUGCUAUGACAGCCGCCCUCGAGUCCAGCCUGAUGCCAUCUCACGCCUGCUGGAGGAGCUGCAGCGGUUGGAGACAGAGCUAGGCCGACCUGAACGCUGGAAAGAUACCUGGGACCGGGUAAAGGCUGCGCAGCGCCUUGAGGGCCGGCAAGAUGGACGUGGUACCCCUAGCUCACUACUGGUGUCUACUGUGCCCCACCACCGCCGGUCAUUAGGUGUGUAUCUACAGGAGGGACCUGUGGGCUCUACUCUGAGCCUCAGCCUGGACAGUGACCAGAGUAGCGGCUCAACCACAUCCAGCUCUCGUCAGGCUGCCCGACGGAGCACCAGCACCCUGUACAGCCAAUUCCAGACAGCUGAGAGUGAGAACAGGUCCUAUGAGGGCACUCUCUACAAGAAAGGAGCCUUCAUGAAGCCCUGGAAGGCCCGUUGGUUUGUCCUAGACAAGACCAAGCACCAGCUGCGUUAUUAUGACCACCGAGUGGACACAGAAUGCAAGGGUGUCAUUGACCUGGCAGAGGUGGAAGCUGUGGCACCUGGCACACCCACCAUAGGUGCCCCUAAGACUGUUGAUGAGAAGGCCUUCUUUGAUGUGAAGACCACACGUCGCGUUUACAACUUCUGUGCCCAGGAUGUACCCUCGGCCCAGCAGUGGGUGGACCGGAUCCAGAGCUGCCUGUCGGAUGCCUGACCCCUCCCGGCCCUGCCCGGGCUGCUCUGCUUCCAGUCGUUACAGACCACUAGGGGUGGGCAGGGCCGCCCCGGCCAUGUUUACAGCCCCGGCCCUCGACAGUAUUUGAGGCCCUGAGCCCCCCAGCACUUGUGUGUACAGCCCCCACCCCGCCCCACCUGGCCAGCUCUAACUUAUUGUGGUGUCAUGGCUGAGCCGUUUAGGGACGCGGCCAUGGUACAGCCCUGCAUUGGGCUUGUAAAUAGUCCACCCCACCCGGCCCAUCAGUGUGCUGGCCCUGGCCGGCUGGCUGUGCUGUUGUUUCUAGAACCAGAGUCUAUAUAAAGAGAACUAACGACACACUCCUGUACCUGCAUCAGCCAGUGUGUCUUGGGUCUGCCCACAGAGGCUCCUCUGUCCCAACCUUGGGGUUUUCUGAAUGGGCAAAGGGUUGCUGAGUGGGCAGAGGGUUGCCAUCUUUCUCGUACGCUUCUUCUGGAAUCUGAGUCCAUCUUCCUCCAAGGUCUUGUGGUCAUGAGCAGCUUUGCUGCAAGGAGGGGACCUCAUGACAUCCUUGCUAGUGCAUGGCCACCCAAUUUCUGCAGGCCUCCAUGCCAGAGAAGAAAGCUGCCUUUCCUACCCAAACAGCUCUGGAGCGUCAGUUGACAUCAAGGAGGCUCCGGGGUAUUGUAGAGGGAGAAAGACUUUGGAAAACUAUUCUGAAGCCUAAGGACAAAGGCCAUACACCCUGGACAGAAAGGAACAUGGGCUCAUAGGGAGAAAAGUUCUUCAAGGCAGCUAGGAAAGCAGAAAUGUGGCUAAGAGGCAACACCCAUAGUGAUUUAUAGGUCGCAGAUCAUGGGUCUUAUGCCAUCCAUACCUACUCCUCUUCCUCCCCUGGGGUUACCAUGGAGGUCCCUGACCAUCCCAUCUCAGGACAUUGUGUUGAUGAUUUUUAUUGCUGGGCUUGUUACUACUCUCCUUUCCUACUUGCCUGUGACCCCCACCAAAACCAGACACCAAAACCAUGUACUUGCAGCCAGGGCUGGGGAAGGAGGUGGGCAGAGAGGUAUGGGUGCUGCAGAGAUUGGAGAAAUGUCCCAGGAUGGCUGUUGGUGUUGAGGGCUAACAACUGGUGAUCUGGACCCUGCCUGUCUGUAAGGUGGAGGGGUAAGCAGCAGGUGCAAAGGGGGAAGACCCAAUGAAGAUGCCAGAAGCGUGACCCUUCUGUGGUGGGAUGUUGAAGCAACCAGUGACUUUGAGCCCCCACGAGCUCUGGUGCUAUAUCAUCACUACUUCUAUUCCCCACAGCUGGGCAUGGGAUGAUCUUAGUUCUUCCCUGGAACUGAGUUGGACCAGGAUUCAGGACAUCCAUCAGUAGGACACAUUCUGGGGAGGAAAGGCCCUGCUUUUUUGCACAUUUCAGGUUUCAAAACAGAAAUGGGGGUGCAUCUG